UUUUUUAUUUGAUGUGAGAGAAUUAAAUAAAUUUAUUUUAUUUUUUCCUUCAAAUAAUGCUUAAACGUUCAAUACAAUACUUGGUUGAUUUAAAAAGUAUUUACAAAUUGGAAAGAUUAAGAUUAAAAAGGAAAAGAAUGGGGACUGGUUCAAAUAUUGUUAAGUUGGAUCCGGAAAGCAAUGCCGAAUGGUUUAAAGCUGUGCAUGGGGCUGUUGAAUGUUUAAAAAGUGGAGGUGUUAUUGCUGUUCCUACAGAUACUUUAUAUGGUCUUUGUACUUUGGCAGAAAAUGCGGAUAGACUUUAUAAAUUAAAAAGGAGGCCAAAAGGAAAGCCUUUGGGGAUUUUUGUUAAUGAAGGAGAGGAUGUUUUUAAUUAUGCUGAAAGAACAGUCCCCAAUGGAAUUAUUAAAAGUUUAUUGCCCGGUCCAGUUACUUUAGUCUUCAAUCGUUCCCAAAAACUUCCUUCAAAUUUUAAUAUUGGCAUUCAAUCUAUUGGAUUCAGAGUUCCUCAAGCUCGUUUUGUUCGUGAUAUCUGUCGAUUUUUACCUUACCGUUUGAUUGCUCAAACGAGUGCAAAUGUUAGUGGAACAGAUUUAAAUCCAAUUAAAAUUGAGGAUUUUCAAGAUUUAUGGGACGAUAUUGAUAUGAUAAUUGAUGGAGGAACGAUUCUAGAGAACAAUAUGUCUCGUUUGGGAAGUACAGUGAUUGAUCUCUCUUUGCCAGGGCAAUUUAAAAUAUUGAGAGUUGGAUGCGCUGAACAAGAAACAACAAAAAUUCUUCGUGAAUAUGGCCUGAAAUCAGUUGAAGAGGUUCAAAGAGAAAAAAUAGAAGCUGAUGCCAAAGAAAGAACGACGCCUUUAAUUGAUUUUGAAGAGAAAGACAAUGACGAAAUUGAAGAUUUGAGGCCAGAAAGAUUAGUAGGAAACAAAUAAAUUUUGGCUAUACAGUCAGACCUUACU